AUGGUCAACUGCCUGAACGAUGCCGAGGUGAGAUCUGAAGCUGUAGAUGCCUUGUGCAAGAUGGUGGAGCCUGGGGACCCCGUAGCAGUUGCCGGUUUAGUGCGUGCUCUUGGCCACGUGGAUGUGCACUGUCGGGCUUCUGCAGCCUCCGCGCUUUCAAAGGUUACAAAGCCCAGCGAGCAUGCGGUUAUCGCUGCCUUAAGUCGCAGCCUUGAGAGCGAUGAUGCCGUCGUUCAGCGCUCUGCGGCGCUGUCGUUGGGUGAGCUUUGUGGGCAGGCUCACCUGCGAGCUGUGGAGGAGUUGGAGGCGCAGCUGCUGAAUUCGGACGCCAGCGUGCGUAAUGCGGCAAAAGCCUCCUUGAGGAAAAUCCGUGGGAUGAAAGCGGUCCCAGCGAUUGUCAGUGCUUUGCAG